AUGAUUUCAGUUGAACUCAUUGCAGUAUUGCCAGCUAUUUUAAAUAAUUAGUUCCUUUGCAUUGGUAAAAAUUAUUUUCUUUAACUGAAUAUUGGAAAGUAUAACUAUUUACAUGUCUUAAUACUUGCAAUUUUUAGUAAUAAUAACCUUGAAUUUUUAUAUAUUUUUUCACUAUUUUCAUUAAGAAUUUUCUGGGCUCAGAAUAAUUUAAUAAUGUUUGUGAUUCUAUUUAAAUUCUCCUCUACUCCACUCUCAAUAUCCUGCACUAUAAUUUUUACUCUAAAUUCAAUCGGUCAUUACUAGACAUUGAGUUUAUCUGUGCCUCCAAAAUUUAAAGGUGAAAUAUAUAUUCUUACCUGCUAGCUAAUAUUAAAAUUAUAGAAUUCAUUAUAUAUUUUAAUAAUAUUUCUGAAUAAUAAUUACAAACAAGCACUCCAAAACUAUUUAUUAGAAUGCUUAUAUUAGAUUCACAAACUAUUGAUUAUAUAUACCAAAUAUAAAUUUAACUUUUAAUUAACAUUUAAUAUUUUGUUAACAUAAUAACUAAUGCAAAGUGAAUUCCCUGAGAGAGCCCAGCCCUUAGCUAAUGAAGAAGUAGAACCUUAAAUUCUAGAACUUGCAUAAUAAGCAGCUGCCUUAAAAUAAUUAAAAAAAGGAGCCAAUGAAACCACCAAAACAUUAAAUAGAGGUAUUGCAGAAUUAGUCAUUAUUGCUGCUGAUACAACUCCAUUAGAGAUUGUUCUUCAUUUACCAUUAUUAUGCGAAGAUAAGAAUGUCCCUUAUGUUUUUGUCAAGAGCAAGGUAGAUUUGGGUAGAAUGUGUGGUACUAGUAGAAAUGUUGUUGCAUGCUCAAUUAUCAAGGAUAAAAACUCAAGAAUUAAUUAAAAUAUCACAUACCUUAAGGAUUUGUGCGAAAGACUCCAAAUCAAUCAGGAGGCAUGAUCAUUAUAAAAUAUGUACAUUAAAAAUCAAUAUAAAUACU